GAUUUGUUGUGUGUCGCUAUUGAAGUAUGUAUCGCACAGACAUGUAUGACAAUGUCGUAUCAAGACUCCGGUUUUUCGACGAUGUAUGAUCGUCAGGACGACUAUGAUCUCGAUGAAGACAAUGAAGAGUAUUUGGAGGAGGAUCGAGAUGCCGAAGAACAAGAUGAAAGUGACGAAGAUACCGAAGAGGCGAGUGAAACUGAUAUGGGAAAAUCUGAAGAAUAUACGGAAAUCAAGGAACAGAUGUACCAAGAUAAAUUAGCUAGCUUGAAAAAACAACUGCAGCAAUUGAAGGAAGGCACGCAUCCUGAAUACAAUCGUAAACUAAAACGACUAGAAGCACAAUAUAAGGAACGACUGAGACUGAAUAUAGUUUAUCGGGAUUAUUUGACGGAAUGGGUUGAACGCGAUUAUAUAUCUGAGAAGAAAGCAGCAGCAAAAGAAUUUGAAGAAAAAAAAAUUGAUCUUAAGGAAAAUCUACUUACUGAUAUGGAGGAAAAACGAAAAAUGAUUGAAUCAGAUCGUCACACAAUGGAACUUACUGGCGAUUCUAUGGAGGUAAAGCCUGUAAUGACGAGAAAAUUACGCAGACGUCCCAACGAUCCAGUACCUGAAAAAGUAGAGAAACGGCGAAAACCACCUCCUGCACAAUUAAAUUACGUAUUGGACGAUAAAGAUAUCGAACUUGAUUUAAAAGCAAUCAAUCGUGCGAAAGCGCCGACCACUAUUCGCAAACCAGUUUUGCCACAUUACAACGCGGUAAAUAUUCCAUCACAACAUAUAUCACAGCCGCCUGAAACCCCAUUGGUUGAAACUCGGAUAGAAGACGGGAAAUUAUUAUAUGAGCGAAGAUGGUUUCAUCGUGGUCAACCUGUCUAUGUUGAAGGCAAGGAUCUUAAUAGGUUCGCAGCUAAUAUUUCUGCAAUUGGCACCGAAGCGAUUUGGGUGAAGAAAGUAACGGACAGCAGCAAAGUACGCAUUUAUACAUCGCAGUUGAGUCGUGGAAAGAUCUCUAUCAAACGACGAGCUUCCUAAUCAACUUCUUUAUUAUUCUUGAUAUCUAUUGUUAAACUUGCGACACAUCACACUUAUUGUUUCUACUUAAAGCAAUAUUUUUCGGCAUUAAAUCAACAAUUUUUACACUACUGGUUUUUUGCCACCAGUAAAACCAUGCUUUUUGAUGAUAUCGUACUGUCAUGUAGAUCCAAACGAAGAAAGAUAGGAUUAAUAACGCCAUCAUUGAUAGUAAGGAAUAAGUAGUCCAUCGCGCGGGUGGAAAAUUGUCGU